CAUUGACAGACGACCAUCAUCGUGGCAGUAAACCAUGUCCAUUUUUUAUACUAUCCACGUUUAACAAAGUGUAGAUCAAUGCAUCAUCUUAUACACACUAUCGAGAUAUAAAUGUAUGUCAGUAACUGAAUGCCUGUGUCGAAAACGCUCUAGCGGAUAUCGAAUCCAGACCCCUCCACCCUUCACCGACAUUGGUUGAACCCAGCAACAAACACGGUUCUGUUCUCCUGCCUUUUUUUCUUUUCUCUUUGCUUUCUCUCUAUCCCCUUGUUGCUCUUUCUUAAUCUUUGCCAAUCCUCUUGUUUUACAUUACGCGAAUCACUGCUGUGGCAAUUGAAAUUCCCCUAGAGCCACAAGGGACUCUAUUCUGCACUCUAUUUAGUAUCGCCAAUGACCCAACCCACUCAUAUUUCAGUGGCGUCGAAAAGACAUGGUGAUAUCGCCCUUGAUGGAGACCACGCCGCGCUUGAGACGGUGACAACUAGCUCAUAUUCCGAAGAAAAUUAUCGCAAACUCAAGCGUAGACUCAAGGAGAUUGUCAUGCAAAAUGAAUCGAUAGCAUAUAGCUUGGAUAACGCAAAGAAGAAAAUUCAACGUCUCCGGAGGGAAAAGAGGUAUGUAUCACGUACAUGGGUCCCCUUUUCAACUUACUCCGACUGAUGACCUGCCCCGUUGACAGCAUGC